AUGAGUCUCGAAGCAGUGGGGGAAGCACACACCAAAUCGCAUUUCGAACAUGAGACCGAGACGCUUGAACUUAUAUCGUCCUUGAUCCAAUCGCAAAACACAGAUGACCUUGUGCGCCUGAGUGAAAUUCUCAACACGUAUCAAGAGCAGUCUUACUUGCUGGACCCUUACUUGGAAUCUAUCAUUGGACCUGUGAUGGAGAGCAUUCGGGGUCAUGUUUCUCGAAACGAAGCGUGCCCAUUGCUCUUUCGGUUGCUUUAUCUGUUAACCAAGACACGCGGAUAUAAGACGAUCGUGAAAUUUAUGCCGCAUGAAGUGACAGAUCUCGAGCCCGUAUUUGCCUAUUUAUGCAACAUGAAAGAUGCCCCUUGGGAGAUCCGAUACAUCUGCUUUGUUUGGUUGUCCUUGAUCUGUAUCAUUCCUUUCGAUCUUAAGCGCGUCGACAGUUCUCCAGAACCAGAGAAUUCGCUUCCAUCACGGAUAUUGGAGGUUUCCAAAUCAUACCUCAAGUCAACAGGAAAGGAACGAGAAGCUGCUGGACUUUUGAUUGCUCGACUGCUUAGCCGCAAAGAAGUGUGCAAUGAUUACAUGUCUUCCUUUAUUACUUGGUGCAAAUCUCAGCUUUGUAGCGAUCAUUCAGAUGUAUUCGAGGUUGCCGGGAUUUUAUCAUGCCUUUGCUCUCUUUGUCAAUUUGCACCACGCGAACAGCUCUUGCCAGUAUUCGAUGAGCACGUUGUCCCAUUACUCGAUAUGCCUUUCUUCGACAAUUACAGCAGCAAUAGUUUGAUUCGAAAGCUUCGCAUCAAGUUAACGCAACGUGUUGGACUAUGCUUUUUGAAACCAAAGAUUGCUCCAUGGCGUUAUCAGAGAGGCAAUCGUUCUUUGCACGAGAAUUUGAAACCAGCGCCUAAAGCACAACCUACCACCAGCACCACCCACAACAUUGAUAAUGCGGAUGAAGAUGAGGAAGAUGAAAUACCCGAUUGCAUGGAAAUGGUCAUUGACAUUUUGCUCAAUGGAUUGCGUGAUAAGGAUACCAUUGUACGUUGGUCAGCAGCAAAGGGUAUUGGACGCAUCACGCAGCGUUUGCCUCAAGAGCUUGCUGAAGAUGUGAUUGGUUAUUUGCUUGAAUUGUUUCAAGAGAACACUUUUAUCCAUGCAUCAAGCGGUGAAACGGAUCUCAGUGCGGUCUCUGACAGCACAUGGCAUGGUGUAUCCUUAGCAGUUGCCGAAUUGGCCCGAAGAGGUCUUUUAUUACCUGAUCGAUUGACUGAAAUCAUCCCAUGGAUUCUCAAGGCUUUGAAGUUUGAUUUGAAGCGUGGAUCACAUUCCAUUGGUAUCCAUGUUCGUGAUGCUGCUUGCUAUGUUUGCUGGUCCUUUGCACGUGCGUAUGCACCAGAGAUCUUGGCCCCCUUUGUAAAUGAUAUUGCCAGGAACCUUGUCGUUGUUUCGGUGUUUGAUAGAGAAGUGAAUGUUCGACGUGCCAGCAGCGCUGCCUUUCAAGAAAACGUCGGCAGGCAGGGACUAUUCCCGGCAGGAAUUGAUAUCAUCCAAUUGGCCGAUUACUUUACCGUAGGCAAUCGUAGCAACGCUUUCCUCAAAGUGGCUUUUGAUAUUGCAAGAUUCGAGACCUAUCGUUAUGCCAUGAUCGAUCAUUUGAUCCAAAGCAGUAUUCGUCACUGGGAUAAAGCCAUUCGAGUGCUAGGUGCUGCUGCACUCAGUCGUUUAGUGGAGCAUGAUCCUUGUUACUUUAUCAACCAUGUUCUUCCCCAACUGAUUCCACUCGCUGCUACCACAGACAUGCAAGUAUUACACGGUGUGCUACUUGCCAUUGCUGAAAUUUGUUUGGCACUCAAAUCGUGUCAAAUUGUGGAACAAGACUCGAGCACCUUUUGGAAAUCCAAUGAAGAGCUUAACAAGAAUCUUGCGAGUGUCAUUAAAGGGAUUGCUCCAAGAUUGCUUGAUACCUUUGGAUCAGAACACACGCGUGAAGCUGCUUGCCGCUUGAUUGAAUGCUUAUCUUUGGUGGAUCUGCUUUGUGACCAGGAGACGCUUGACCAUUGGAGAAAACUGGUCUAUACAUCACUCGAACGAAAGGAGGAGAGUGUUCAGCAAUUUGCAGUGGAAGCAUUUAGUGCAUUUUCAGCGACCUAUGGUGUGGAUCAACAGGCAAUUGACAUUUGUCUUGAUAAAAUUCGGUCAUCUCGCAUGAUUUAUGGAAGGCGUGGAUAUGCUCUUGCUGUGGGCAAGUUAUCCUAUGUACAACAAGAGCGACAUCAAUGGUUAUCUCAAGUACUCUGGUCUCUAUGUUCAGCGGCUCAAGUUCAGCAAGAGCACCAAGCAAAUGAUGCUGAAGCCAAACGUAAUGCGGUGAUUGGAUUGCAUGAUAUUAUUCGAGGAUUGGGAGACCAUUUCAAGAAGAUCCUAUCCAAAGACGACUUUGUCAAGUUGUUCCAAAGCUUGCAAGGCUGUCUAGCGGAUUAUAGUACUGAUCAGCGUGGUGAUGUUGGAUCAUGGGUGCGCGUUGUCAGCAUGGAGUGUUUGCAAACAUUGAUACAAUUGGUGUCACGAUUGGAUUCUUCUGAUAGUGACGAUCCUUACUUGUCUCCAGCCAUGAUCAGCAGCUUGAUGAGCAGCCUUCUUAAGCAAAGCGUUGAACGUAUCGAUCGAGUGCGUGAAUGUGCUGGCGGCGUAAUUUGUGCUUUGAUUUAUGAUACCGAUACACUUUCCAUACCCAGCGACAGCAUCCUUCGCAAUGCCCUUCAUAGGGAUAUACCAUGGUCGUCACCCUCUGAAUUGUAUCCUGCUGUGACACCUAUUCUAAACGUGACCGAAUACCGGCUUGAUCUUCUUACUGGUAUUAUCACAAGUGCAGGUGGAUUGACAGAGACAUUGGUACGCCAUUCAAGCUCAUGCCUUGUUGAUUACAUGAAUGAUUUACCUACCGUGGCCGAGGACCAAGAAACGUUGACAUUGGAUGCCAUGUGUCGCUGUAUACUAAGCUUGUUUACUACGUAUCAACGCCAAGAUCGUGUUAUCAUGCCUUUGUUGGAUGUCAUUGGUUUGCUUUAUGAGUCUGGUACUUUGAGCAAUGCAACGGAUGACAUACACAUUGAUAUCCUCAUGGCGACACGCAAGGAAUGUAUGAGAACCAAGAACAUUCGUAAAUUACUAUCGGCUGUCAAAGUCUAUGCAGGAAUGGCUUCCGCUACCUCGAGUGCACGGGUGAAAAACAAGGCAUUACAGCAAAUGUUGGCCUAUCUUGUACACGCUUUUCCUCGAAUUCGGAUGGAAGUCUCUGAUCAAUUAUACACGUACUUGUCAUUGCUCGAUAUUGAAAAGGCAACGGACCAAACAGCAGAGGCUGAGGAGAUCUUAACGACAACAGAAUGGUCAACAUUGAACCAAGACGUCAAGGAUGCAAGAGACAAGCUGUAUUCUUUGUUGGAUAUACCAAAACCAGUGUUGAAGAAAAAAGCAUAA